UAAUGUCUUAGCAAUCACUAAGUUAGUUUUCAUAACAUAGUCAAUUACAAUAAUAAAACCAGUAGCCAGCUUAAAAAGCUGGAAGUUCAAUUGAAGACAUAACUUAAGAUUUAGAAGAAUUAUUUGAAUCUCUAAAAAGUAAUAAUCAUUAUAAAUUAUUUUUUAGUUGAGAAACAAGGAUCUCAAGUUGAUCAGAUUGAAAAAUCAACAUUAUUAGCUUUACUUCUUUAUUUAAACAUAGACAAAUCAGAAACUUAAUUUUUCAAUUAUGUUGUUAGAACAUUAGAUCAAAUGCAAUCUGUAAACAAUUAUUUUUAACUUUAUAGACUACUUUAAACAAGGAUUAAUUUAAAUCUUUAUUUUUGGAUCCUUAAAUAAAUACAGAAAAUUUGAAAAGCGAAGAGUUUGCAUAAAUUUUUUAUGUUUUUGAUUAGUCAAAGAAAGGAUCGUUUAGCGCAGAAGAAUUCCUAAAAUUAUAUAAGGAAACUUCUGAAUAUUUAAAUUUAACUGAGAAUUAAAAAUAAUAAAUAGAGGCAAGAAUAAAAAAGGAUUUUGAGAUUAUAAGUCCUGAACACAAAGAAAUUACCCCGAUCGAAUUUUUUAAGAUAAUCAAUAAUUAAGGCUGAUUUUAUUUUAGAAAGAUUAUUGAUACCAAUAUAUCGUUAUUAAUUUAUAGUANCUGUACUAUUCAUUAUAGGAGUUUAAAUCAAGUUCUCAGGUCUGGGUGAUUCAAAUAAUGGUUAUAAUAAUUUUUUUGCAGUAUAAUUCGGCCGAUUUAGCAUUAGUUUAUCGAAACUCAUUAUUUUUUGAUAAAUAAAUUCAUUAAA